UGGGUCCGCAAAAAAUGGCCCAUGCUUUGAACAGGAAGGUGUUGUUCCGUCUUUGAUUUUCUUCCUCUUUCUUCAGUCUAGAGUACGCCAUACAGCCCACAGCCCACAGCCCACAGCUGAGAGAAACCGUGUUGCCAAUUGGCUUGCCAGUGCAGUGUCUCUUUCGCUAGAUUACAGUCAACAGGUAAUUCUAUGAAGAUUUCUACAGUAUUUUAAUUCUCCCCCUCUAGAAGUUGGAAGAAAGAAGUUAGCUGAACUUUCUGUGGCAAUUGAGUUAUGAUAGAUUUGUAGGCUCAAAUUCGCAAUCUUUCCUUUAGAUAUUCUCUUUAUGUGUGAUAGGAUGUAUUCUUAAUUCCGUUAAUUUGUGAUUGCCUGUUUAUAUGGGAGGUGAAACUACCAAAGUGUUGAAUAUGCAUGUGUUAAUCCCUAAUAUGCUAGAAUAUGAAGUGCUUCAGUAUCUGUUGGAUAUCUUAGACCUACUAUUUCGAGUAUAGGGUGAAGCAUUAUAUGUUGAACUAUUGGAUAUUCAUGUAAGAAAAGUUAUUCUUUUAAUGGCCAUGAUUUCAAGAAUUCAGGGUUCACAUUUUUUCUUUUACAAAUCUGUUCUAGAUAAGAUUGACUAGUGCCAGGAAGGGCGAAUUGUACAGUGGCUUGAUUUUCUUUGGGAUUGAUCUCUUAGAAAAAGGAUCCUUUUAGAAUAAUUUGGCCAUGUUCGACAUGACAUGGCUUGGUGCUAUCUUGCUUGGAGCUGGCUGCUUUGCUAUUGGGUAUCUCACUCGUGCACAUCAUUCUGCUAGCCUUUUCCUCUCAAGCAGAGCUUCUGGAAAGGCUGAAAUAGCUGUUGAUGGGAAGAAAAAAAAGACAGCACAACCUCUUGAGAUUGAUAAACUUGCUGACAUUCUUGAGGACUUCAAAAUGGUUUUGGUUGUAAGAAAUGACUUAAAGAUGGGGAAAGGAAAGAUUGCUGCACAAUGCAGCCAUGCAACUUUGGGUCUCUACAAGAAGCUAUGUAAUCGUGCUCCUAAAGCUUUGGAAAGGUGGGAAAUGUGUGGGCAGGUUAAGGUUGUUGUCAAAAUUGAAAGUGAAGAUGAUAUGCUGGUUUUACAAGAAAAGGCAAAAUUAAUUAAGUUACCAACACAUAUAACCAUUGAUGCUGGGAGAACACAGAUUGCACCAAACUCAAGGACAGUGAUGGCGAUUCUUGGACCCUCGGAUAUGGUCGAUGAUGUUACAGGUGGACUGAAGCUGUUGUAGUGCCGAAAUCAGUUUUCCUAUUCUGAAGCAAGACCCUCAAAAUUUGUACAAAAAGUAACUGAACAUUCAUCGUGGAUUUCAGUAUUGAUAAUGACGAAAUGUCUCCAUUCUUCUUCAGUCAAGUGCAGUUGUAUUCCAUUGCGUAGACUUCAAGUAGAAAUGAAUAACUUUAUACUGACAUUCAUGUCAUAAGUUUCCUCCUUAACCUGUUAUGUGGUAGUAACAUAACUUUGUUCUGAACUAACCGAAAUACACUUUCCCUUUUUAUUGGUAUGCUGAAUCCAAUGAGUCUCAGUACAGAGUUACAAUUAGCAAAUUGCGUGAUGGCACUAAAAUGCGAGUGUAUUGACCUUUAUUUCA